CUUGCCCUCACGAUCAUCGUGCUCUACGUCCGCACAUCUAUCUAAUACCCAGAUCUCAGAGUAUACCUGGAAAUGUCACGAUCAACACUGUUCGGAUCGCAUCUCCAUGUCAACGUUCAGAGGCAUUGUAGCGGAGUUUCCUCAGAUCAGAAUAGACUACUUUCGACAACAACCUGGACUUAAGGCACCCCUUGCAUGUUUCUUGAGUCACGUACAUUCCGAUCAUUUGACUGGUCUGGAGUCGUUGCGGGCCCCAUUCGUGUACUGUUCGGCUGCGACCAAAGAGAUACUCCUGCGACUAGAAACGUACCACUAUCGCGUCAACUUUGCUAAAGGCAUUCUCGAAAGUCGCAAUGUCACUUACGAUAGAAGCAUACGCAAGUUGGCCAAGGCGCUUCCUCUGGACACACCAACCGCAAUCGAGUUAGCACCGGGCAACAGCAUCAGGGUCACUCUUAUCGAUGCUAACCACUGCGUUGGAGCUGUUAUGUUCCUGAUUGAGGGUCAUGGCAAAGCAGUUCUUUAUACCGGCGACAUUCGAGCAGAAGAAUGGUGGGUGAACUCAUUGAUACAGAACCCAGUACUUCUGCCAUACACACUCGGAAGCCGGAAAUUAGACUGUAUGUAUCUGGACACGACCUUUGCCACGAAGGAAAAGCCCUACCGCCAGUUUCCGAGCAAAGCGCAAGGUAUACAAGAGCUGCUCAGCAAAGUGAGUGACUAUUCCGACGACACUAUAUUCUACUUCCAUUCUUGGACCUUUGGCUAUGAGAAUGUAUGGAUAGCGUUGUCUGCAUUUUUGGGCUCUCGAAUUCAUCUCGACGACUACCGAGCACGCAUAUACGGCUCCUUGUCCACAUUGGAUAAGCGACAACUGCGAGAAGCGGGGCUCGAUGUCCAAGCCAGCAACAAAGCACUUCAAGAAUCUGGACUUGAGAUCCGUGAGGCCCCUGCUUUAUGCGGUUUCAAAAAUGGAAAUCACAUACAACCGGGAUGUCUGACCUCCCACGAGAACGUCCGCAUCCACAGCUGCGAGCACGGCAUGGGCUGUUCUGUCUUGGAGCGCGACACGAACGCCAAAAUCGUACACAUUAUUCCGAUCGUCACGCGCGCCAACGGCGAAGAAAUUGCCGAGUUGGGUGCGGGAGGUGGAAAGGGUGACCUGGACCAAAAAGAAGAGCUGGAGUCUGGCGGGAUGGGCGACGUCAAUAAGUUGAUGGAGCUCUGUGCUGCAUCCAUAAAUGAUGAAAAGUUGCUUGCAAAGGUCACCACGCUACUUCAACAGACUCUCUUGGGAGACGGUAAGCUCGACCUUGAUUUGCAGCUACAAAAACAGUUUGAAGAUACCCAACACGAUUUGUCUCUAAAGACUCUAGUCUCUGUACUGUCAUCGAAUGUUUUGAGAGAUUCUGAGAAUGGACCGCCACUCAACAGGACCAUUCGAUUUCCGUACAGUCGGCAUUCUUCUUACUCCGAGCUUUGUGGCCUUGUCGGAGCUUUCAGUCCUAGAGACAUCUUUCCAUGUACUGUUGACGAGACCCACUGGACACCUGACCUCAGCACGCGGAACCUAUUUGGUAGUCUCUGCUCAGGCGAGCUUUUCUUUCACGACACGGUAAUGAUGGAUAUGUACAAAGCCAGAGUGGACUGUGAGGGCCGUCAAAAGCGAAGCAGGGAAGAGAGCCCGAUUGAUACGCGGAUGAACGAAGAGACUGCCAGCCCCAAUGCGACUGAAAGGGCUGACGAGGAAGCUAUUGCAUUACCCACGUCGAGACAAUCUGCACCAAGCAGGCCAUUCGAGAUGGAAAACAUCCAGAUGUCGAAGAUCUCGUCUAUGUCAGGGACACCCCCAGGGUACAGUCUUCGUGGCCAAGUGACUGUCCAGGGCCUGUAUCAUGCAGUAACCAAUCCAUCUCCGACUCUCAAGCAAAAGACCGCGGCCUCCAAUACUCUCUCCAGAAAAGAUGCGCUGGCGCUCAGCCCCCACAAAAAGCAACGGAUAACGAAUCGGCAACUCGCGUAUGACGCAGCACUUGGGAAAAACGGCCUUUCUUGGAGCGAUUUCGGAGGCUUGGUAUCAACCAGAAGCAAAACCAGCCAGGAUGAGCAGGAGCUCUAAGUGGUACUCUAGCCUUAUAGGGGUCUGUGGGCUUGAUCAAGUCUCUUGGGAACGUGCGACGCGUUGACUAUGGCUUAUUGCAGUUUGUUUGAGUGAGAAUAGUGUGGAAAUGGCCUUCACAUGAGAUAGUUUAAAACUGCGCUCAUUUGCAUUAACAUCACACGCAGUUAUGGGCGGUGCUUCUCCAAGUGCAAGUUGAACUAACAACAACUCUACGCUGCUUGCAAUCCUGUUCGUGUCGCUUCUCUUCAUCUAACGCGUCUUGUCAUACCUCGUCAUCUCAUUGGAGUGUCCUCUCGUUCCAAUAAACCUCCAUAU